GUCUCAAGAUACAUGUUAUUGUUUUGAAGUAUUCCAAACAUUCCAAGGAUUCCAAACAAAUCCAAAGGAGUUCUGCAAAAUAUACACAAUUAAUUUGUUCCUAAAGAUGGACAGCCAAGAUUUUAGCAAUGUUAAAGUCAGUACUGUAGAAUGCAAGAGAAAUAUUACAGAGUUGGAAGAUCUAAAGGAGUUGGAUGGGAUAAAUGUUUGGGGACAGCACCAAGAGAUAUUAGAGCGGCAGGCUUUGGAAGAGUUGAAGUUGUUGUCUGAAAGCAAGGAGGAGGGUGAAUUGUCUGACCAGAAGGAAGAGUCUGGUGAAAAAAGAAAGCUGUCUGAUGCACCCAUUUUGGAUGUCAAAUCUUAUAUCAAACGUCAGGAGGAGCUGCAGCGGCAGAGGUCUAUCAGGCAAAGCUCUGCCAUUAGCCAAAGAAGUAAGUCCUUAGCAGACAAAAUUUCUAAGAGCCAAGCUAAAGGCAAAGCACAGAAAAGGAAGGGUAGUGCAGAAUGCAAUAGCAGUAGCUACAAGAGACCCAGGAGAAGGUCCCAAGUUUGUACAAUUGUCAGGCCGGAGGAAGUGGCACAGCCAGAUGAAACUGAUGAUGUUAAUAAAGACAUUAAUAAAACGAAGCAAAGAGAUGAUGAUUCUGACAGUGAAUAUGUACCAUCAGAAGAUGACAGUGAUUAUGAUCCGGAAACAGAAAAACCCAAAAAGAAGGCUUCAGCAAGAAGGGGAGAGAAAAUAUUUGAUAAUAAAUUAUUAGAUGAUGGCUGCUUAUUAUAUUACCAGAAUAGAUUGGAAAAACAUUAUAAAAAAAUUAAAUUGGAAGAGGUGGAUGAUGAAGAUGAUAUAAUUAUAAGGCCUGGUUUUAAGAUAACAGCAAAAAUAUGGAAUUGCCUUUACUCUUAUCAACAAGAGGGAUUGGAAUGGCUUUGGGAGUUACAUCAAAAAUCUGCAGGUGGAUUGCUUGGUGAUGAGAUGGGACUAGGAAAGACGGUACAAGUUAUUGCAUUUUUGUUUGCAUUAAAUUAUAGUUUUAUAACCAAUCCAAAGAGUAACCAUCCUUUGGGUCCAACCAUCAUUGUGUGUCCCACAACAGUGCUUCAUCAGUGGGUAAAGCAUUUUCAUGAUUGGAGUCCAGAAUUUAGAGUAGCAGUUCUGCAUAAGUUGGGAAGUUUCAAUGGUAGUGAAGCUCAGUUCAUAAAGGAUAUGAAUAAACACAAAGCUAUAAUAAUAACUACAUAUCAAGGUAUUUUAAAAAACAAAAGCUUACUGAUGGAGCAUGAAUGGCAAUAUAUAAUUCUAGAUGAAGGCCAUAAAAUUCGUAAUUCAAGUGCAAAGGUAAGCAAAGCUGUGAAGGAAUUCCGCACUCCACACAAAAUUAUGUUGACUGGAUCGCCCAUGCAAAACAAUAUGCAAGAGUUGUGGUGUCUCUUUGACUUCCUUAAUCCAGGGAUGCUUGGAACGCUUCCUCUCUUCAUGGACCAUUUCGCCAAUCCAAUUUUGCAAGGAGGUUACGCAAACGCCACCAAAAUGCAGGAAGCAUUGGCCAUUUCUAUGGCUAAUACUUUGAAGAAUCUUAUAUCGCCAUACUUUUUGCGUCGAGCAAAGGCAGAUGUUCGGGAUGACAUCAAAUUGCCUAACAAAACCGAACAGGUUCUCUUCUGUUCGAUGACUUCAGAACAGAUUGAUCUAUACAAGGGUUAUUUGAUGAGUGAACACGUCAGCAAUAUAUUGGGAAAAGGAAGUAAAAAUUGGUUCUCUGAGAACCAUACACGAGCCAACGUUUUAAUGUCUAUCACCACUUUAAGGAAAAUUUGUAACCAUCCCGAUAUUUACUCUAAUGAAAUAGAUGAAACACUCAACCAAAACAUUAACAAGGCGGAAAAGGAUAGCUACGGAUACUAUAAGAGAUCAGGGAAGAUGGUUGUGGUUGCGGGGUUAUUGAAAAUUUGGAAAUCUCAAGGUCAUAGAGUUCUGCUCUUUACACAAAGUCGAUCUAUGAUUGUAAUCAUGGAACUAUUCCUUACGCGAUACAAAUAUGUGUACCUGAAAAUGGAUGGAUCAACGAAUGUCGCUUCUCGACAAUUAAUAAUAGAUAAAUUUAAUGAGGAUAGCAGCAUUGAUGUGUUCCUAUUGACAACACGUGUUGGUGGCUUGGGUGUAAAUUUGACUGGAGCAGACAGAGUUAUAAUUUACGAUCCUGAUUGGAAUCCGGCUACGGACACGCAGGCUCGUGAAAGGGCUUGGAGGAUUGGACAGGAUAGGGAUGUCACUAUCUACAGAUUGCUUUCGGCUGGCACCAUUGAAGAAAAAAUCUACCAACGGCAGGUAUGGAAGCAGCUGCUAAGCAACAAAAUUUUGCACGAUCAGAAGGCUCAAAAGUUUUUCAAAACUUCCGAUUUGCACGAUCUUUUCAGUUUGCAAGUGGAUUUUGGCACUAACCCGGAAACUGCCAAUAUUUUUAAAAAUUCGAGAGUUGCAGUUGAAACUAAAACGAAGGAAAAACAAUCAAUUGAAUUUUCUGACGAUAAAAGAGAAAAAAUGCGCGAGUUGGCUGCGAAAAUAGCCAAGAACAUAUCUGUUCCGAAGGAGAUAAUGACUGUUGAGCAGGUGCAGCUUGAGAGCGAACGUAAAAAGAGGAUGCUUGAGAAGCAGGAGUUGAAAACGAUGAGUGCAGUUGAGCUGUUGCAACGUAAUAGGGAGAAAUCGAAUCAGCCGGAUGUGCAGGAGGCUUCGAACAAAUUGGAUGAUCACGAGACGGAGGUCAGUUUCACAAAAGCUUUGAUAAUUUCCGAGAAAAGCGCUGAGCUCUACAACGAAGCCAGAUCGGCGCCGGCCAAGAUUGACGUGGCGGUAGAGAAAUAUGAGAAUUUAACAAAAAUUUUCGCGAAAAAAUCAAAAGGUAAGAAGCCGAAAAAGUACGAAGACGUUGCGCCAGUCAUGAUCGAUGGCCAAGUCGUCCAGAAUUUAGUUAAGAAAGAAGUGCAGAGUAUUAAGGUUGAUAAAAGUAGCAGCCAGUCUCAAGAUCAGUACGUUUUGGAGAAACUCUUUUCGAAGAACGGAGUUUGCAGCGCGUUACAACACGAGACCAUCGUACAGGAGGGAUGUGAGGUUCACAGCACUCUUCGUAUACAUUCCGAAACUCAAACUCGCACUGAGUUGGCGCUGGAGGCGCUGAGGAAGAGCCGGGAGAAGAAGAGGCGGUAAAUAU